UUGUCAAAAGACAUGGUGACCUACAAGAUUAAAAUUGCAACCGGGACUGACCUGAGUGCUGGGACCUGUGUACAAGUCUCCAUUGUUCUUGUGGGAGACGAGGGGGAAAGUGCUAAACACCAACUGCCCCAUAAGUGGAGCAACUUCAUACGUGGUGCAGUGACUGACUUUGACGUUAUCAUGGAGAAAGAUCUGGGAGACCUCCUGCUGGUCCGGAUCUCUACAGAGCAAUACAAAACCUUUAAUAUGGAUGCUUGGUACUGCCGCUAUGUUGAUGUGACAAGUCCCAGUGGUCAACUCUACCAGUUCCCUUUCUAUCAGUGGAUAUGUGGUCCAAUGACUGUGGAGAUCCCAGAUGGGAAGGGCAUCAUUUUAUCUGGGAACACUCACCCUGUUCUCCAGCAGCAACGGAGAGCGGAACUGGAGAAGCAGAGAGCAACCCACAGGUGGAAAGUUUAUGCAGAAGGCGUCCCUCACUGCAUUGAUGCAGCCUCGGUGCAGGAUCUGCCUCCUAAUGACCAGUACACCUUCCGGAAUCAGUUUGGCUUUUCCUCAGCUAAGAAGGCCCAGUACGUUUCUAUCCUGAAUAGAAUACAAUACAGCAUGGUCAUAAAUCAUCAGAAAUCAUUAAUGGCCCAUAAAUUCACAACCUGGCUGUAUCUACUGUGUGCACCUCUCUAUGUAUUAGUUGGAGUGCAUCAAGGAUUUAAUCUAUCUUCCUGCAAAGAUCUGAUCUAUCUUCAUAUCUAUUUCUCACAUAAUGCUAGAGGAGUUGCAGUUCUUGUAAAGAAAUCUGUGAAGUUUCAUCUGGAAUCCAGCCGGAUAGAUCAGGCUGGGAGGUACUUACAGAUGCGCCAUGCUGUGCAAGCCCAGUUUCAAGAAAUACCAGUAAUAUCGGCCUCUCCAAUCAAAACGUUAUUGGCCAAAUUGAAACCUAAGGAGCGGAUGUCUGCUGUGUAUGCUGCCUUAAAUGACAGAUUGUCACAUGAGUUAAUGGAACAACUAAAAAUUAAGUGGGAGAAGGACAUAGGCUUAGGCUGGAUUCCAGAUGAACAAUUGGAACUGGUUUUGAGCUCAACAAAAAUAGCUCUACAUCUGAAAUGGUUGAUGCCUCAGUUGCAAACACCAUGGAAAUUUGUUGUUUUAAACCCGCCUCUAUGUUUGGAUGUUUUUAACAAGGUGGUUUGUGAUGAAAUUCAGAAGGUCAUCCAAAAGGUCCCUAGGAAGGACAAACCUAAUCUUACAAGGAAAGAGUUUGAAGCGGUCCGUUCCCUUAAAGAAGAUAAGGACCUGGUUAUUAAACCAGCAGAUAAGGGUGGAGGGGUGGUCCUUAUGAAAAAAGAGCUCAUGUUUACUACCAGUCAGAGGGAAGUGGCAUAUUUGGACCUAAAUAUUUAUAUUGCAAACGAACAAGUCAAUUCAAAAACUUAUAGAAAAGAUACAGCUUCGAACAGCUUUAUAGACAGAACAAGUCAACAUCAUGCAAACUGGCUGGAUGGGAUUCCAUUCAAUGUGGUUGCUGAGUUAUGGAAAGAGGAUGACUUCUUCGGGAGUCAAUAUCUGAUUGGAGUUAACCCUACACUACUCAGACAAUGCACCAAAAUCCCUGAGAACUUCCCAGUAGGUGACAGUAUGGUGGCUGCAUCUCUUGGGACCACCACCAGUCUUCAUAAAGAACUAGAGGAUGGUAACAUCUUCCUGGCAGAUUACAAGAUUCUGCAAGGGGUCCCUGCCAAUAAAUCCAUUAAUGGAAAGCAACAAUACAUGGUUGCCCCUAUGUGUCUACUGUGGGAGAAUCCUCAAGAUCAACUUGUGCCAAUAGCCAUCCAGUUGGCUCAAACCCCAGGAGAGAAUGCUCCAAUCUUCCUGCCCAGUGACUCCGUGGCUGACUGGCUACUGGCCAAGAUGUGGGUGCGCAAUUCUGAGUUCCAGGUGCAUGAACUGGACAGUCACCUUCUCCGCACUCAUCUCUUUGCUGAGGUCUUCAAUAUUGCAACCACCAGACAACUUCCAAUGAGCCACCCAGUGUACAAGCUAAUUAUUCCACAUCUUCUCUACACUCUUGAGAUCAAUGUCAAUGCCAGAACGGAGCUCAUUGGUCCUGGGGGUUACUUUGACCAGGCUGUAGUAACUGGAAAUGGAGGGGUUCCGUUAGCUCUGAAAAAUGCAAUGGAUGGGGUCACUUACAGCAGACUUUGCCUCCCCGAUGACAUCCAGGAAAGGGGAAUGGAGUCCAUUCCCAACUACCUGUAUAGGGAUGAUGGGAUGAAGAUCUGGUUGGCUAUGGAAAGCUUUGUGUCUGACAUUAUUCAUUACUACUAUAAGAAUGAUGAAGCAGUCAGUGAGGAUCCCGAACUUCAGGCCUGGGUGGCAGAGAUCUUUAAAGAAGGUUUCUUGGAGAAUGAAUCUUCAGGGGUCCCAUCUUUCUUGGAGACCAAAGCCUCUCUGAUCAAGUACCUGACAAUGGUGAUCUUCACAUGUUCUGCUCAGCACGCAGCUGUCAACAAAGGUCAAUUUGACUUCUACUCUUGGAUGCCCAAUAGUCCCACAUCCAUGAAAAGUCCCCCUCCAACAGCUAAGGGCAUCAGCACAAUGCAGAAUAUCCUAGAGGCAUUGCCAGAUGUAAACGUUGUAAGCAUCGCUAUAUCCGUAGUGUGGCUGCUCAGUACAGACUCGGAAGACUCGAGACGACUAGGACAUUACCCUGAUGUGCGUUUUACAGAGAAGAGCCCACUACAGUCUAUUGAGGAUUUCCAAAAAAAGCUGCUGGAGAUUUCGAAAUCCAUUGCUGACCGAAAUAAGAGCAUGUAUUUUCCAUAUACCUACUUGGACCCGAAAAUCAUUGAGAACAGUAUCAUUAUCUAAGAAUAAUAGUGGUGGUAUACUGUAUCUACUCAUUCAAUCUGAAUUUCUUACCUUUUUUCCAUUUGUCUAAUUGUGUUAAGAUAAGACAGUAUGAUCUGGUAAUUCCAA